AGAGAGAGAGAGAAGAAGGGAGGGGGGAUGGGAAGGAUCUGGCUUGGAUGAGGAGCAAGCAGUCAGGCGAGCAGCAGCAUCAUCUCUUUUGUGGCGUGCUGCUGAGGGAACUGGGCGCCCAGAGCCGUGUAGGGCGCUUACUCCUCACAGGCGCGCACAGCGCCACCGCCUCUCCCGCACUGGCCGCUGCAGGGACAGCCUCCUUCACAGGCGUAGCACCGCUUGUUGCAGCGGCACCAUGGCGCAAGCCGCUAAGCAGCUCCGCAAGAACAAGGACCUACAGGAGCUCGCAGCCCAAGAGCUGCGAGAGAAGGAGGAGGAGAAGACCAAGAAGAGGAACCGAUCGAGAGACCGCAGACGCAAGGCUCAUGUGGUUCAGCGCUGGCUUGUGCAUCAGGACAGUAGUUUGAGUGGAGAGGGUUCGUCGGAGCCUCAAGGUGGAAAAUGGCACUUUGAUGGAAGAGCGGAUACAACAACCAGUUUUCUCCGUGCUGCACGCUCAGGUAACCUGGAAAAAGCUCUGGACCACAUCAAAAAUGGAAUAGACAUCAACAUAGCCAAUCAGAAUGGGCUUAACGGGUUGCACUUGGCCUCCAAAGAAGGUCAUGUUAAGAUGGUGCUGGAGCUGCUGCACAAUGGCAUUGACCUGGAGACUAACACAAAGAAAGGGAAUACCGCCCUUCAUAUUGCUGCUUUGGCCGGUCAAGAGAAAGUGGUUGCAGAACUGAUCAAUUAUGGUGCCAACGUCAAUGCCCAGUCUCAGAAAGGUUUCAGUCCCCUGUACAUGGCAGCACAGGAGAACCACUUGGAAGUGGUGAAAUAUCUACUUGAACAUGGAGCCAAUCAGAGUCUUCCAACCGAGGAUGGCUUUACUCCUUUGGCGGUAGCUCUUCAGCAGGGUCACGAGAACGUGGUGGCCCUCCUUAUAAACUACGGCACCAAGGGCAAAGUGCGUCUGCCUGCCCUGCACAUCGCAGCACGCAAUGACGACACGCGCACUGCUGCCGUACUGCUGCAGAACGACCCAAACCCAGACGUCCUCAGCAAAACCGGCUUUACUCCCCUCCACAUCGCAGCCCAUUAUGAGAAUCUCAGUGUCGCACAGCUUUUGUUAAACAGAGGAGCCAACGUGAACUUCACGCCGAAGAAUGGUAUCACGCCAAUACAUAUCGCUUCCAGGAGGGGGAAUGUUAUUAUGGUGCGACUUCUGUUGGACAGAGGAGCUCAGAUAGAUGCCAAGACAAAGGAUGAGCUGACGCCACUGCAUUGUGCAGCCAGGAACGGUCAUGUACGUGUGGUGGAGAUCCUGCUAGACCAGGGCGCUCCCAUUCAGGCCAAGACCAAGAAUGGUCUAUCUCCCAUCCACAUGGCAGCACAGGGCGAUCACAUGGACUGCGUGAGGCAGCUGCUGCAAUACAACGCAGAGAUCGAUGACAUCACCCUCGACCACCUGACCCCGCUGCAUGUUGCAGCACACUGUGGGCACCACCGCAUGGUCAAGGUGCUGUUGGACAAGGGGGCAAAAGCUAAUGCCCGCGCUCUGAAUGGAUUCACUCCAUUGCAUAUUGCCUGCAAGAAGAACCACAUGCGGUCCAUGGACCUUCUGCUGAAGCACUCAGCAUCUCUGGAGGCCGUGACUGAGUCGGGUCUGACCCCACUUCAUGUGGCUGCAUUCAUGGGGCAUCUCAACAUAGUGAAGAGUCUUCUUCAGAGAGGAGCUUCACCCAACGCUUCUAAUGUGAAAGUGGAGACCCCUUUGCACAUGGCUGCCAGAGCGGGGCACUGUGAGGUGGCUCAGUUCCUGCUACAGAACAAUGCACAGGUGGAUGCCAAAGCGAAGGAUGAUCAAACCCCCUUGCACUGUGCCGCUCGAAUGGGACAUAAGGAGUUGGUGAAGCUGCUCUUGGAACAUAAGGCCAAUCCAGACUCGGCCACCACGGCAGGCCACACCCCUUUGCACAUCGCUGCCCGCGAGGGACACGCCCAGACCACACGCAUCCUGCUCGACGGGAAUGCCCAACAAACCAAAAUGACCAAGAAAGGAUUUACCCCUCUUCAUGUAGCAUGUAAAUAUGGGAAAGUGGAUGUGGCGGAGCUGCUUUUGGAAAGAGGGGCCAAUCCCAAUGCAGCCGGAAAGAAUGGCUUGACCCCUCUGCACGUGGCCGUCCAUCACAACAACCUUGAUGUUGUCAAGCUGCUGGUCAGCAAGGGCGGCUCUCCACACAGCACGGCGAGAAACGGCUACACAGCCCUGCAUAUUGCAGCCAAACAGAACCAACUGGAAGUGGCGAGCAGUCUGCUGCAGUAUGGAGCUAAUGCCAACUCAGAGUCACUACAGGGCAUCACCCCGCUUCACCUGGCGUCACAGGAGGGGCAACCUGACAUGGUGGCUCUUCUCAUUUCCAAGCAGGCCAAUGUGAACCUGGGCAACAAGAAUGGACUGACACCUCUGCACCUGGUUGCUCAGGAAGGGCAUGUGGGCAUUGCAGACAUGCUGGUGAAGCAGGGUGCUUCGGUUUAUGCAGCCUCAAGGAUGGGCUACACACCCUUACAUGUGGCGUGCCACUAUGGGAAUAUAAAGAUGGUAAAGUUCUUACUCCAGCUGCAAGCACACGUUAACAGCAAGACCAGGUUGGGAUACACUCCUUUACAUCAAGCAGCCCAGCAGGGUCAUACAGACAUCGUCACCCUGCUGUUGAAACAUGGAGCACUACCUAAUGAGAUCACCACUAAUGGGACGUCACCCCUGGGUAUCGCUAAGCGGCUAGGCUACAUCUCUGUCAUUGAUGUGCUCAAACUGGUGACUGAGGAAUCUGUAUCUGUGAUCACCACUGAGAAGCAUCGCAUGAGUUUCCCAGAGACGGUGGAUGAAAUACUGGAUGUGUCGGAAGAUGAAGGAGUUGCUCAGCUAACAUUAGGUGAUGAACUUCUCGGGAUGGAUGGGGCUCGCUAUUUGAAGCUGGAUGACCUAAAAGACCAGGAUGAUGAUUUUCUGUCCCCCAAGAAAACCCUGAGAGAUUUUGAGAGCGGGAUGGGCACGACACCUUACUCACCCGCAAUUCCCAGAAUUCCAUGUGUGUCACCUGAAACUGUCAUGUUGGACCAGCACACACCUGUCCCUUUGCCAAAGGAGUAUGACGAGGACUCUCUAAUCCCCAGUAGUCCAGCCACAGAGACCUCAGACAACGUUAGCCCAGUGGCCAGCCCCAUCCACACUGGGUUUCUGGUCAGCUUCAUGGUGGAUGCGAGAGGCGGGUCCAUGCGGGGCAGCAGGCAUAAUGGUCUGCGUGUGAUCAUCCCGCCACGCACCUGCGCUGCCCCCACACGUAUCACGUGCCGUCUGGUCAAACCGCAGAAACUCACCACCCCACCUCCUCUAGUGGAGGGAGAGGGACUGGCAUCUCGUAUUAUCUCUCUAGGGCCUUCCAGUAUGCAGUUUCUAGGGCCAGUGAUAGUGGAGAUCCCUCAUUUUGCUUCCUUGAGCCGAGGUGAUCGGGAACUAGUGGUUCUGCGAAGUGAGAAUGGCUCCGUAUGGAAAGAGCAUCGGAAUCGCUAUGGCGAUGAUGUUCUGGAGACCAUCCUCAAUGGAAUGGAUGAAGAUCUGGAAAAUCAGGAGGAGCUGGAGAAGAAAAGAAUCCGGCGCAUAAUUUCCACAGACUUCCCUCUUUACUUUGCUGUGGUGUCACGUGUCCAACAGGAGAGCGAUCUUAUUGGCCCAGAGGGAGGUCAGCUGAUAAGUAAGCUGGUGCCCCAGGUCCAGGCCAUUUUCCCCGACACGGCGGUCACUAAGAGGGUCCGACUUGGCCUACAGGCCCAGCCAAUCCCUGAUGAGCUGCUGACUCGGCAAUUAGGAAACCAGGCCACAUUCAGUCCCGUUGUGACAGUAGAGCCUCGUCGGCGCAAAUUCCAUCGACCAAUUGGGCUGCGUAUCCCUUUACCUCCAUCUUGGAGGGAGAGUGCACGCGAUGCCGGCGAAGGAGACACUACUAGCCUCCGCCUCCUCUGCAGUGUUAUUGGUGGCACCGCUCCAGCUCAGUGGGAAGACAUCACUGGCACUACCAAGCUCAUGUAUUCCCACAACUGUGCCAACUUCACCACCAAUGUGUCUGCAAGGUUCUGGCUGGCGGACUGUCCACGAACGGCAGAGGCCGUGACCUUCGCCAACCUGCUGUACCGUGAGCUGAUGUCAGUUCCAUACAUGGCCAAAUUUGUUGUAUUUGCUAAGAUGAACGAUGCCAGAGAGGGCCGCCUGCGCUGUUACUGCAUGACUGAUGACAAAAUAGACAAAACCCUUGAGUUGCACGAGAACUUCUCCGAGGUGGCCCGCAGCAGGGACAUUGAGGUGAUGGAGGGGAUGCCGCUGCACUUAGAAUGUUCUGGAAACCUGGUGCCCGUGAGGAAAGCAACCCAGCAGCCUCGUAGCUUCAGUUUCCAGGCCUUCAGAGACAACCGGCUACCUGUCUCUGUAAAGGUGAGAGACGGCAAUAAGGAAGCCACCGGGUUCCUGUCCUUCCUGCGCAAGUCCACCAAGUACGAGGACACGCAACACGUGCUGUGCAACCUCAACAUCACCAUGCCUCCCUGUGUCAAGGUGGUGGGUAGCGAUGAGCGGCGGAGAACGUUGACCCCUCUCGCCCUGAGGGAGAGGUACAGCGCCCUGAACGAGUCCAGCCUGGCCACUGUAAAUGUCAUGGAGAGAACUGAGCUAAAGAUCACAGUAAUAGCAGAACAGCUGGGACUGAGCUGGACCGAACUUGGGAGGGAACUACAGUUCAGUGUGGAUGACAUUAACCGGAUGAGAGUGGAGAAUCCCAACUCUCUCCUGGACCAGAGUUUGGCUCUGCUCAACCUGUGGGUUAGUCGAGAGGGCAAGAAAGCCAAGAUGGAGAACCUUUAUGGAGCGUUGAAGAACAUUGACCGGGCAGAUAUUGUGAAGUGUCUGGAGGCUCAGGCUCCACAGGGUCUUCCCGGGGCGGUGGAGGAAGGAGCCUGCAGGCUGGAUGAUCGGGACUCCACUCUGCUUUCACCUAGUGUCAUCAAUGGUUACGGGCUGGUGCAGGAGGAGCUGCUCUCCCCCGCUUCUAUGCAGUACAGCCUACCCUCCCCGCUCGGCGCGGAGCCCUACUGGCAGGAGGUGUCAAGCCUGGAGUGUGCGCCCAUCGCCACCACUGAGGAGGACACCAUGAUGGAGAUGUCGGAUGUACAGGUGUGGCCGGCGGGGGUCAGUCCGUCCCUGGUGACCGUGGAGGACUCAUCCCUGGACGGCAGCAGCCGCGCAGACGACUCCGAGGCCAACACGUUGAGCCUGCCCUGCAGUAGUUUGGGGAGGCCCAGCAGUGGAGCCAGCGGGGCCAGCGGCUCCAUCAUGGAGCUGGAAGAGGAGGAGGAGGAAGAGGAGCUUGAGGAAGACGACAUACAGCACGAGCCAGUGUCCGCAAGUGCGGAAAAGGCAUGGGCUAGCGGCGCCGUCCCAAAGGCAAACAACGGGCAGGCUGGAGGUCAGAGGUCGGAGGGCAAGAGGACAGAGUGGGCGGCGGCGGCGGGCGGCAGUGUGAUAGGUGUAACUAGAGGAGGAGGAAAGGGUGGAAAAGGGGCAAGUUCAGAGGAAAAGUUUUCUGUUCUUACAGGGCAACAGCUCUACGCUCAGUUAUGCGAGAGAACUGGACUGACCCGAGCGCUAGAACACAACGGGGACAGGCUCGGGGGCGGCGCCUUCCAGCCUUACUCACAGGAGAAAGACCCCCUCCAAAGCUGGUCUCAACCCAAAGCCAGGCCGACCAUGGAGGCCAUGAUGUCAUCGUCCCAGGACCACAAUCAGUCCCGUGUAGCACAGGAGGCCCUGCUUACACCGGUAUGUGAUACAGGCCAUUCGGAGGUCCUGCGGGGGCGUCUGCUGGGCACUCAGCCCUUUGAUAAAGGGCUGGGCUUCUCCCGUCAGGAGGGGGAUUUACGGGCAUGGGACCAGGACAGGCGGAAGGCACAGAAGGAUGAUCCGAUAGAGAUCACCAGUGAUCAUCUACACGAAGAGCAGUUCACUGAUGAGCAUGGGAAUGUCGUGACCAAGUUGGGUGUGGAUGUGAAGAGGGAUGUCCAGACUGUGAAGCGCUCCAGUCUGCGGAGAUUAAAGCACUGAAAUAAACACAAACUGUCCUGAAGGGUCGAACAUCCACUGCCAAACCAUCCUUCACCUACACAAGACUGGGAGACAGAACGAUACAUGGAGCGAUGAAAAAAACCCCAAAAAAAACAUGCAGCAAAAGAACAACACAUCGCACCCAAGUCCUACAGUCAAGCAACCACGGAGUGUCACUGGAAAACAAGGACGAGGCGUUCUCUACCUGUAGUUUUGUAACAUUUUUAACAGAAGAAGAUAAAAACAUACAACUAGCAUAGGGCAUGAACUUUUUAUACAAAAACAUGAAGAAAACCACCCAAAAAAGCAACAAAAAGUGCUUCCUGUCAACUGUAAACGCAUGACUGACUGCUGGUGCAUGACCUAUGAGCUGUCAUUAUCUAAAAAACUGAAGGGGUACAAGGUAAAGGGCCGUUCCAGGACUGGCAGUUGGAAGGGGGAAACCUUUGGACCUUUGAUCUUGAAAAUGAGAGACUCUUGAAACAAGGGGUCUUGGGAACACAACAGCCCAAAAAAAAAAGAAAAAAAGCAACAGUUCUUUAUUUUGUCAAACAGAUUGUCAUUACACAGCAGCAUAGUGGAUGCUAAGCCCGUCACGUCAUUUCCCACAGGCCCUUUAUCCUGUUCUUCAAUGUGAUAUAUGCACUCUAAUGCUAUGUGAAUGUGCGUCGGUGUGUGUGCGUGUGUGUCGGUAUCUAACGCAUGUGUACUCGCUUCUGGCUUGGUACUGAGCUUUUUUUUCCGGAUCGGUCAGAGCUCAUUUGGUGUUUGCCAUGGGAAUGACAACAAGCCACUGUGCUCUCCUACUCGUGAGCGUCCGCGUGUGUUUAUUUUCACUUUGUUAAGCGUAUCCGUGUUCCUUUGAACUGUCAGCCACCUUUUACUUUUAUAUCUCUUGUUUUGAAUUCAAAGGCCCCCUCCUUUCAAAUCCGAACCGAUUCGUUUGUUGGAGGUUGCGUAGCUUCGUACGUACAACACCCAAAUGGCAACCUAUGGAGGGCACGUGCUUUCUCUGUCUGACAGUUCACAACCUUAACCUCCGACCUACCGACCAUCCAUUCACCCUCAUAUGUAGCUCAGCUGCUCAACUAAAACCGUCACGUCAGACCAUUUCCAGAGACUAAUGUAGCAUUGCAUGCAGGCUAACACCGCUUUUCAUGCUGUUCUCUUGGGCCUGCACUCGGCCCGGACAUUUUUAUUGAUUUUAUAUUUUUAAUCAAGCUGUGCUGGUGAAAAAAAAAAAAAAAAAAAAACUAUUGUAGCUGUGACGUGUGGGGCUUGGGGACUAUCUCUGAGUAACUGCCUUUGUAAUGUUUGGGAUUUCAGAUUGAGUUAUGUGACAAGGAAGCGUUUUAAACUUUGAUGAUGCUCUUCGAUUUAUUCUUUUUGUUUGUAUUUAUUUUUCAUUUUUUUUCAUUUAGAUGUACAGUUAAAAAUAGACCGAUAAAUAUACAGACAGCACUGUGAAAGUCCACCUUAAAAUUGACCCCUGAACUGUGAA